AUGGCAGUCACAGAACUUGCUCUUCACAGAAGACAUCAAAAAACAGUUGCUCAACAUAUUCCAAAAGAGCCAUCGAGUUCAGUUACGUCACCCACGGCCACCACAUCCGACGGUCCAUGCGUUCACGAUAAGCUGUUGUUGCAGGUGAAACAGUGUAUUGAUCAACUGCCAGAAGCAAACAGAUAUUUAUUGGCCAGACUUUUCAAGCAUCUCAACGAGUAUGUUCCAUAUUAUAUCGAAAUAAUUCUUCAUUGGCUGGAAGUAGUUGCACCGGCUUCUCUACUUUCACUUGAAAUGAUCAGUCAACAGUGUCGUGCCGUUGAAUAUUUUAUAAAAAAUUACCAGUCGAUUUUCCAAGACGUCCAAUUGUAA